AGACGCUCCAGAAUCCAUCCAAUACCUUUCCAUCGAUUCUUGGCAUCGCCCUCUCUCUAAACCCCAACUCCUCGACUCGAGCAAUCCCUAGGUCUCCGCGCGAGGCGGUGGCGGCUGUGAGGGGAUUUUGAUUGAUUUGGCUCGAGAUGGCGGAGGACAAGGUGCGGCGGAUCUUCGUCGGCGGGUUGUCCUGGAAGACCACGGAGCGCACGCUCGAGCGCACCUUCGGUCAGUACGGCAAUGUCAUCGAGGCACAGUCUUGCAAUUUUAAUCUGACAGCAACUGCUGAUUCAGAGAGGCUGCAGUCACUUCCAUUUCUAUAUGUUAGGAUCUUAACAAAGUUGCAGGAAAAGAAAUUCACUAAUCAAUUGAGCUCACUGGUUAGCAUCUGUGGGAUGAUGGGGUCAGUAAAAGUCAAUUGGAGAAGUAUGCACUAUUAGGUUCAAUUUUCCGAGAUGUGCUCUGUUUUGUGGACAGAACUUGAGACUUCCUUUUGCCUUGCUAGUACAUAAGAGUAUAAGACAACUGCCGACAGCUUUAGAGCACAGAAAAGAAUCAUCACGGGCAUGAUUAAUGAACUCCACGAACCAAACAUGGUCGCCAGUGCUGGAAUGAACUUGUGGCAAAAUUUGGUUGCAUCAUUGUUCUGGAUCAGUUUGAUACGAAACACAGAGAAACUAUUUGUCCUUUCAGUAGUGAGGCACCACUGGUGAUGCUGGAGAGUGCUGUAUGCUCAUCUGUGCCUACUUCUGCUUCAAAGAGCAUUAUUCUCAGUUUCCAUUGUGCCCUUCCAAUUGCAAUGGAAAUGCUUAGUUAUUCAUGCAAAAGAAAAGCCAAGAUUAGAAAAAAAAAUGCAUUUAGACUUUUGGAUUAUGUUUUCCUGUAUACAACUGGGCCAAAAGUAAUCGGUUUCAGUUCAGUUUACUGGAUUGGAGUUCACUGGUACUUGCAGCACAUGGUCCUCACCUGGAAGUGUUCAGACUGGCCAAUGUCAUUUGUGGUCACAUACUCACAUGCUUGAUUAUUCAGUUCUGAGUUCUGAUCUUUGGCUGUACCGCUAUAGUAAUCUUUAAUGUUCUUUACCAGUGGAUGGUCAAAGCAGUUUUUUGAUUUGCAUGCAAUAUUUGAGCUGUGGCAUAAGAAUUGACUGUUAACUCUUGUAGAGGUGGGACAAUUUCACUGGUUUUGCAGAAUGUUCAUAAGCUGUUUGAUUUCAUAUAUCACCCUACUGCAUGUGAACUUCCUAUUGAUAGAAUUUUUGGUUGCUCACUAUUAUAUAGUUCCUAUCUUCCCAUUGGUUCAUUUUCAUCAUAUGUAUAGGUUGUAGUGAAAAGGGAAACAGGCCGCUCGAGGGGAUUUGGAUUUGUCACAUUCUCAGAACCUCGGGCUGUGGAUGCUGCCAUUCGUGGAAUGCAUAAUGCGGAACUGGAUGGCCGUAAUAUUUCUGUGAACAAAGCUCAUCCUAGGAUUGCUGACGAUGACUAUGGCUAUGGUGGUGGUGGUGGUGGUGGUUACUCGUCUGGUGCUAGAGGUGGAUAUCGUAGUGGCGGUGAUGUAGUUCCAGCAGUGAGUGAUGAAUGUUUCAAAUGCGGCCAUUCUGGACAUGAUGUAGUUCCAGCAGUGAGUGAUGAAUGUUUCAAAUGCGGCCGUUCUGGACAUUGGGCUCGUGAAUGCCCUUAUUCAGAUGGCAGUGGUAGAACUGGAAGAUAUUCUCCCGCUUCAAGGUAUGGUGGUGGCGCUGGGGGACGUGGUGACCGCGUUGGAGGAUCAGAUCGUUUUGCUCGCUAUGAUGAUGACCGAUAUGAUGGUGGCCGGUCUGUAGACAGCAGGGAUACUUAUUAUGGUGCUGGGCGAGAUCGUUAUGCUAGGGAUCGCCAUCUGCCAGCAACAGACCACCAUUCUGGUGACAGGUACAGUGGUGCAGAUCGUUACACGUCCAGUGGCUUUGCCAUAGAAAGGAGCUAUGAGAGAGAUGGAGGCAGGUCCACUGGAACUUACUACCGUGAUGACCCGAGGGGCACUGGUGGCUAUGGCAGAGGUGGUUCACGUGGCGGCGGCGGCGGGCCUGCUCGCUUUGGUGGGAGUUACCGAGAUAGGCCUGCUCCGUAUGACCGUCCUAGCAGGGGCGGGGCAGCUCGUGCUUAUGAUGAUCGUUACUGAAGAAUGUUUCCUUGAAGUAGAACAGAGAUGUUGGUGUAUUUUAGUUUUGCAUCAGUAUUUGCACUUGCCAGCUUGAUCCUUCAAUUCUAUGCUAUUCAGCAGCGCAGUUUGUUUUAGUGGUCUCUGAAGACAAUGGUUCAGUAUGUCAGUUACUAUCAGUAUGUUGGUACCAUAAUCUGUAGGCAGUGAUCCUGGUCCAUUUGACAUGUUUGUGUAAUUGCUUGGAGUCUGCACUAAAUAAUGAACUAAUCGCAGCAUGUGAUCUUUG